GGAGCAGAGUUACCAACACUGCUACAGUUCCAUCUAUUGAGCAGCAGUUAAAAGUUAAAAUGGACUUGACUGUCCUCAGAGGAGCUUCUCAUCUUAUGUCGCCAUCGCUACUCAGCUGCCGAUAACGGCAGAUAGUUUCUUUUUUCUUCUUUUUUUUUGUAUUGUUGGUUUGUCCUUCUUGGAUUAACUUUACAACGAGGGACGACUGACAGGCAGCUACAUCGGACUCAAGGAUGGAGACGUUGUUUUACCUGCUCGCCUUCGCCUUGGCCCGGCUGUCUUGGGGUCUCGGAUACGCGGAGCCCGCCGUCCAUAGUGGCCAGAGGGCGGCUAGCAGACACAGGAACUGGUGUGCAUAUGUGGUGACCCGCACUGUUAGCUGUGUGAUGGAGGAUGGCGUGGAGACAUAUAUCAAACCAGACUACCAACGCUGUACCUGGGGCCAGUGUCCUCGAGUGGCGUACCGGACAUACAGGAGGCCGAGGUACAAGGUGGCUUACAAGAUGGUGACAGAAAUGGAGUGGAGAUGUUGCCAUGGAUACUCAGGGGAGGACUGUCACGAUGGGCCAGUCAACGCAGGGCGACCCAGUGUCACACAGGCAGGCUCCACGCAAGGCGGCGGACAGAGUGGAAAUGGUGACAGUGAAAAGGUUAGACAGCUGGAAGAAACCAUCAACGGCCUUACCAAAGACGUCCACAACAUACAGACCUCCAUUCAUGAUCUAAACCAGAAGUUUUCAGUACUAAAUGGAGCUAUUGUGCCAGCUGAUUCUGCCCAGCCACACAUGAAGGAAACGAUCAACGACAUCCACACCAAACUGGACCAUUUGUAUAAUAGGACACAGGUCCAUGAUCAGACCCUGCACAACAUUAACAACCACUUAGAGAACGGAGGCGGUAAUGACCUGGACGGAGCCGUUAUAGGUGGAGGAGGACACCGGGGGAAUCAUAUGAACACACUCAAGGAACAAAUACUGACAGAGCUAGAGAGAAGGGUGACUCUAUCCUGCUCUGCUUGCCAGGCUGGUGUGGAGGACUUGAGGCGGCAGCAGGAGGAGGACAGAGAAAGAGUAAGAGCCCUGGAGAAGCUGAUCAGCUCCAUGGACCAACAUUUUAGGCAGAGCCUGCAAAUCAUUCGCAGUGAGACGGAAGAGUCCCGGGCGUGCUGCAACACAGUCACUGAGCUGGAGAAGAGAUUGUCAGAUCUGAAUGGCCAAGUCACCUCCACUGCCAGCAAGUGUGACACCAUUAAAGGGCGACUGGAUAAGGAGCUGACUGGAAGCGGGGGAGGAAAGGGAAGGGUGACAGAGGACAGGAUGAAUGGCAAACUGAGAGAGUUGGAGAAGAGGGUGAACAACACAGUGAGAAAAACAGAGCAAAGGUGUACUAACACUGGCAACAAUCUGAAGGACAGUGUCCAAAGAGAUGUUACACAGCUACGAAACAUGGUACUCAGUCAGCUGGAUGAUCAUAGCUUCAAAAUCGGAAAGCUAGAGCUCGAUGUGGCUGUUCUUGGAGACACUGUUACCGACCACAGUCGACGUUUAAGCCAGCUAGAGAAUGUCACAACCUUCAUUGACAGACGUUUAAUAGUGACUACAAAAAUGUGUAAUGACACUUGUGGGCUCAACGGAAAAGACCAUCAGACUGAAGACACUGUAAAAACCUUAGAAUGGAGGGUUGUGGCCAACCAAGGAGAAAUCCAGAAAUUUAACACAAGAUUAAACGAUUUGUCUGUGUCAGGUGACUCACUGGCAGACAGGAUCAUAAACUUAACAGACGAUGUCAAAAAGAUAAUUGCUGUCACAGGCAAGGACGGUGAGAACUUCAACAGGAUAGUCACGGAAGUUGAAACACUGAGCCAAGAUUGGGAGGACUGUUCUAUUUGCAGCAAUGUGGAGGAAGACUUACGUUUGCUGGCCAACUCCACCACAACAGGCCUCAACAAGUGUCAGACCGAGCUGAACGAUGUGCGCAGAAAGGUGGACUCAGGAGAAACAGUGUGCUCUCAGGUGUGCUCAAACCUCCAAGAAGAGGUGGGGCUGCUCAGAGAGGAAGUGGAGAAGAGCAGUGAACAGUGUAAAAUCAACAUCAAUGAUGUGAGGAAUCGCUUAGACGGUCACACUGACCACAAUGGAAGAUUAGGAGGAGAUCUGAAGUCCAUCCAAGGGGAACUAUCUAAGGUCAUGGUCACAUUCCGCUCCAUUAAUGACACUCUGAAGGGCAUGGAUACAACCAUCCAGACACAUGGGUACACACUCGAUGAUCUGACUGACACUAAGGACAAGAUUGAUUCUGAGGUGGACGAUUUGAAGAAUGAUCUGGCUGAGCAUGUAGAUGAUUCAAGCAUUCGAUUUGGCAGCCUUGGCAAAGACAUUGAAUUGAUCAGGAGUAACUAUGUGACGGACGUCGGGGAGUGUCGGCGAGCGAGCGAUGGCCUGGAACGCCGUUUUUCAAAGUUAGAGGGACUGUGUGGACGCUUCGACUCUUUUUCGGACAGUUUGCAGAGGAUCAAGGAGGGUCUGAAUCAACAAGUGUCUGUGCUGUGGAGCUGUGUCAAUGGACUCAAUGUAACUGUCACGUCCCAAGGAUAUCUUAUCGAUAAUAUCCAGAAUGUCCAGCUGGAGAAAGUCCACUCUAGAAUACACAGGCUGAACUCAUCUCUGCUGGACUUGACUAAGGAGUUCCAUGAUUUCAUAAGACAGGAUUUCAUGGGUCCACCUGGUCUACCAGGCCCCAAAGGAGAGCGAGGGCUGCCUGGACCCCAGGGAGCUGUGGGGCCCCAAGGAAAGGUGGGGCCUCAGGGGGAACAGGGCAAGCAAGGACCAGCCGGACCCCCAGGCCUCAGAGGUGAACAGGGUCUUGCAGGCUCUGACGCCCAUGUGCCACGACUUUCGUUUUCCGCAGCACUCACUCGGCCGAUGAGGGGCGUAGGAACCAUUGCAUUCAACGAAGUAUUUGUCAAUGAAAAUGGUGUCUAUAACCCUCGAACAGGUUAUUUCACAGCUCCAGUGAGAGGGAGGUACUUUUUCAGUGCAAUCCUGACCGGCCAUAAGAACUUGAAGAUCGAGGCGGUGCUGUCCAAAUCCAACACCGGUGUGGCUCGUGUUGACUCAGCAGGAUAUCAACCAGAAGGCCUGGAAAAGCCUAUGGCGGAAGCAAAGCACAUCCCUGGAGCUCUGGCGGUCUUCAACAUCAUCCUGCCCAUGGAGGCAGGGGAUACGGUCUGUGUCGACCUGGUCACCGGCAAGCUGGCCUACUCGUCGGAACCCUUGACCAUCUUCAGUGGGAUGUUGGUGUAUGAGACCAUCUGAUUGGAUGGACAUUGGUGGCUUUUCCAGAACUCUUUUAUUCCUGUUGUUUGUUUAAAGACAUGCAAUCAGGCAAAAAUAAUCCAAGAAGGUCUCUUGAGAGGAUACAAGGGUUCUUUCAGGGAAUUGCAUAUUUUCAUAACUUAAAUAAACAUGCUUCCGCUUUUAAACCAAUCAUUUGUGCUUUGCAGCUUUAAAGAGACACUGUUUUUCAAAAAGACAUUGUGGUCUUGAUCUCAAUUACAAAAGUCACUUCUUGGUUAUCUAACAAAUCCAUAUUUCUUGCCGGAAACUUGAAUAUUAGUUUGUGAUAUCGUAGCCCCCAGGUGUUUAAAAUGAAAAGAAAGAAUGGGGGAUAAAAUAUUAAGCACAUGGGGUUCUUUGAGUUUCUGUGUUUGAGGUAGCAUAUCAUUGUUCAGGUUUUUACCAUGUUCACAGACAUUUUUCUCUCUAAUGACUGCUAUUUUUUCAGUGCUGACAUUUUCGGUUUAACCACAAGCUGAUUCCGAGAAACAUGAUGCAAGGAAGCCCACUGUCCUCGAAAAAUGCAGAGAGAAAUAAGUGGGAAUGUGACAGUUUAAACCACUUUUCUUUGUGGGAAGAGCAAAAGUAAAGUUGUCCACAGUUCAUGCGGUGGAGACCACAGGAUGAGACAUGGAGGAAAGAGCAGGCCAGCCGGGAGAAAAGAUGGGAAUUGUUUCUGUGUUCUAGUGAGGAAUUUGGUGCGCAUCAUCUAAUCAUUCAAACAAAACAAAACAUUCCAAAAAGUAAUUAAGUUACCCAAAAAAUACAUUCAACAACUACUAAAACAUGCUUUCAUAAUUUGCUUUUGCAUAAAUAAGAGGUCUUAUGGGUAAGCUAUUGUAUGAGCAUUAAAAGUAUUCAUGCCAAUCAAUGCAUUCUGUUGCAAAUUAAUAUUUUCCCUUGAUAGAAACACCCUCUUAUUAUUCAUUGUUGACAAUGGGAUUUUUUUUUUUAUAGAAUUGUACACUCGAGAAGGAAUGUAAAUAUUUUUAAACAUUUUAUCAUGUAAUAUUUUUACGUGCUUCCACUUCACCUUGCAAGGUACUGUAUAUGUUUUUGGAUGUUUUGUAAUAUGUUUGGCAAAUACAAGAUACACACUUUAAACAGGGA